GCUUUACAAAUGGCGAUGGAGAGAUUGAGAGAACUAAGGAGGGAUGUAAGGCGGAAGGUGGACAUUGCCGAAGCACUCGGGAUGAAACCUUUGGAGCAUGUACAAGGGUGGCUUUCAAGGGUGGAACUGACUGAUGUGAGGCCUUGUUUGCCUACUGUGGGGUUAGAAAUGGUGGUUAAUAAGGUUUGGUGUUUCCUGGAGAUUUAUGUGGGGAUUAUUGGUUUAUAUGGAAUAGGGGGUGUUGGGAAGACUACAGUUAUGACUCAAAUCAAUAACAAGUACCUCCACAGCGCUCAUGUUUUUGACGCAGUGAUUUGGGUAUUAGUGCCUAAAGUUCUAAGCCUUGACAAGGUUCAAGAUGACAUUUGGAGGAAGAUUGGGUUUUGUGACAAUUUGUGGAAGAGCAAAAGUGAAGACGAGAAAGUGAUAGGCAUCGAUAGGGUGUUAAGCAAAAAGAGGUUUGUGCUGUUUUUGGAUGAUGUAUGGGAACAUUUUGAUAUAUUGAUGGUAGGGGUACCAUAUUCAAGUCAACAAAAUGGAUCAAAGAUAAUAUUCACAACCCACUCCGAGGAGGUAUGCAGUCACAUGGAAACUCAAAAGGCCAUCAAAGUGGACUGUUUGGUGUGGAGGGAUGAUUGGGAUUUGAUUAAAAAAAAGGAUGGCAAAGAAACACUUAAAAUUCAUCUAGAGAUACCUAAUUUAGCAGAAAUGGUUGCCAAAGAGUGCGGCGGUUUGCUACUUGCGCUUAUUACUGUGGGACACACCAUGGUUUGUAGGAAGACACCCCAAGAAUGGAAGUACGUGAUUGAAGUUUUAUGGAAAUCUGCCUCCAAAUUUUCAGGUAUGGAGGACAAGGUGCUUCAUCAUUUAAAGUUCAGUUAUGAUAGUUUUUUAAAUGCUAAAACAAAAAGAAAUUGCUUCUUAUACUGCUCUUUAUUUCCUGAAGAUAAUGCCAUUGAAAAAGAUGAACUUACAAAUUAUUGGAUCGGUGAGGGUUUUCUUGAUGAAAUUGAUGACAUAAAUGGUAUUAAAAACCAAGGACACAAUAUUCUUUGGACCCUUGGGCAUGCAUUUCCACUGGGAAUUACAGAAAAUUGUGUGAGAAUGCAUGAUGUGAUUCGUGAUAUGGCAUUGUGGGUAGCAAAGAGAGUUUUGGUUAAGGCUGGAGCUGGAUUGACCCAAGUGCCAGAGCUUAGAAAAUGGAAGGAGAUCAAAAGGGUUUCAUCAAUGAAUAAUAUUAAGGAGCUAAAAGGAACACUCAAAUGCCCUAAUCUCUUAACUUUGUUCCUUAAUCACAAUUGUUUAAGAUUGAUCACCAAUGUCUUCUUUGAGUCUCAGCACUUUCUAAGAGUGUUAGACCUUUCACAGAAUGAUGAAAUCAUUGAGUUGCUAAUGGAAGUAUUUGAAUUAGUCUCAUUGCAAUAUCUCAAUUUAUCAUGGACAAACACGAAAUUGCCAAUUGAGUCAAACAGCUUGGCGAAAUUGAAGUACCUGAACUUGGAUUAUACUCGCAGACUUUCCAUAAUCCCACAGCAUGUGAUAUUGAGUUUUUCUAAUUGGUAAGUGCUAAAAAUGUUACAGUGUGGUGGCGAUUCAGAUGAAAUAGUGGAAGAUAGCAUCUUGUGUACUAGUGGUAAUGAGGCUUUGUUGGAGGAAUUGUAUAGCCUAAAACAUGAUUUAAACAUCAGCAUAAGGAAUGCCACUGCUCUCCAAAGACUUAUAAGUUCAAACAAGCUGCUAAGCUGCACUUGAACUCUAAGGAAUUUCAAGGGUUCAGUCUAU